AUGGCGAGCGCCCAGUUCGACGAUGCAGACGAGGGGGCCCUGCUUUCCGGCGAUCCGCAACAGCAGUACCAAGAGCAGCUCCACCAUAUCCGCGACACGCAGGACCUGACGACGCAGCAGCGCAACGAGAUCCGUGAGCUCGUCCGCGACAACUCGGACAUCGACGAGGACGACGAGGAUGACGAGUACCACGACGACCGGGACUACGACGACCGGGACGACUACUCGGAGGACGAGGAUCUGACGCGGAUAGGCCGGGUCGAGGAUGCCGACUGGGAGAUGGCGCGGGGCGACUUUACCAAGCAGUUCAACCGCUCCCGGCAGCUCGCCUCGGUCGUGCUGCCCGAGGCGGGCAGGAACGGCUCGGCAUCCCGGAGCGGCGCAGGUGCGACUGGGGGUAGCGUGCCCCUGCCCGCCAUGAACCGCCCGCGCAAGAAGGCGGCAGCGCCGUCGGCUGGGGCCAAGGCCAACGGCGGUGGUGGUGCGGCGGCAGCGGCGGCAGCGGCGGCGGCGGCAGCCUCUUUGGGUCCGGGCUCAUCGAGCUCGGCGGCCCACGCCGACAAGACGUCUGCGCAGCUGGCGGCACUGUCGAAGCUGGCGUCCAAGACGGCGGGAGGGCGCGAUGCGGUGAGGGUCAAGGACAAGGCGGACCGGGCGACUGUCGAGGGCGUGCUGGAUCCGCGGACCAUGGUCAUCCUGUACAAGAUGGUCAACCGCGGGCUGCUCGAGAGCGUCAACGGGUGCGUGUCGACGGGCAAGGAAGCCAACGUCUACCACGCCACGACGUCUCCCAUCGGCGACGACGGGGUCAAGGGCAGCCUGGCGCUUAAGAUCUACAAGACGUCGAUCCUCGUCUUCAAGGACCGCGACCGCUACGUCUCGGGCGAGUUUCGCUUCCGCCACGGCUACUCGCGGCACAACCCGCGCAAGAUGGUGCGGCUGUGGGCGGAAAAGGAGGCGCGCAACCUGAAGCGCAUGGUGCAGGCGGGGAUGCGCUCGCCCAAGCCCGUCGAGCUGCGCGACCACGUGCUGGUCAUGGAGUUCCUCGGCGACCAGGACGGCUGGGCCAGCCCGCGCCUCAAGGACGCCGACGACAUGAUUGGCCACGACGCCGACACCUGGUCGCGCCUCUACCGCGAGCUGGUGGCCGCCAUGCGCUCCAUGUACCAGGAGUGCCGCCUGGUCCACGCCGACCUGAGCGAGUACAACAUCCUCUACCACCUUGGCCACCUCUGGAUCAUCGACGUCUCGCAGUCGGUCGAGCACGACCACCCGCGCGCAUUCGACUUCCUCCGCGCCGACAUCACCCACGUCGACCAGUACUUUGCCAAGCGCGGCGUGCCCACCCUCGGCCUGCGGCGCACGUUCGAGUUCAUCAUCCGCGAGCCCGACAACCCGUCCAAGCGGCGCGGCGGAAGGGUCGGCCUCGAAAAGACCGAGGCCGACUUUGACCACGAGACGCGCAGCGUCGCCGCCUCCACCGCCACCGACAUGCCCGAAGCGGUGAGCGGAAACUGGAUGGAGGGCUUCAAGGACGGCGCCGCGGGCGAGUACGUCCGGGCCCGCGGCGAGACCGAGGAGGAGCUCAUGGACCUGCUGGCGCAGAUCAUGGCGUCGUCGACGGCCGAGGAGCCCGAGCCCGAGCCGGCAGAGGCGCAGGCAGCGGCGACGGGGUCGCAGCCGGCAGUAGCAGCGGCGCAGAGGGCCGCCGGCGACGCAGGCGAGGCGGGAGCGGCCGCAGCGCCGGCCCUUGCAUCCACACCGCAGCAGCAGGGCGGCGACAAGUCGGACGAGACCGUCUUCCAGACCGCCUACAUCCCUCGCACGCUCAACGAGGUCUACGACCCCGAGCGCGACGUCGAGGUGAUCCGCAAGGGGGGCAUCUCGAGCCUCAUCUACGCCGGCGUCACGGGCAUGGACGUGGCCGCCGUGCCCACUCCGUCUGCCUCGGACCCCGCUCCCGCCGCCGACGCCGGUGCCGCGGCAGGGGACGGGAAAGACGCGGCGGGCGGAUCUGGUUCGUCGGAUGAGGACGACGAUGACGAUGAUGACGAGGAGGACGGAAGCGAAGAUGGCGAGGGCAAGGUUGACGGUGACGGCGACGGAGAGGACAAAGCAGAGGGCGACGGAUGGGUCGAGCGGAAACCGAGAGGGCAUCGACACGAGGACCGCGAUGCGAAAAAGGAGCGCAAAAAGGAAGUCAAGGCAGAGGCGCGGGAGCGUCGCAAGACCAAGAUGCCCAAGUCGGAAAAGAAGAGGAGGAUGAAGAAGGGCUCGCACAAGUGA